AUGUGGCCAACCAUACUCAUCGGAUGCUUUUACUCGACUGAUGAGGUUAUGCUGAUGGAGAAAAGCUGCGACUGCGAGUACACCAAGUAUCUGUAUCUUUUGCAGUACAAAUAUCAAGAGAAUGUACCAGAUUUGGCAAGAAUCGUGGUUUUCUGGACCAUCUCCCUGUCUCAUUUCUUCGUAGAAUGCACAUAUGUCCUUGGUCUUUGUCAUCUUCAUAACAUUGACGGCUUUGGAUCUAAGCUUGCGUGGUGGCUGAGCACGCUGCUCAACGGCUGGCCCUCGACUGCACUUAUUCGAGCAUACAGUGACGAGCAACUGAAGAUGAAAAAGUUUGAAUGA